CCCAUUUGUGUCUCUGUGCUCCUUUGUCUGCCAAUAUAUGACUGGAUCCUGAGCAAACAUCGAUUGAGGAAGAAGCUUAACACUGACGGUUAUUUCCACCACCCAAACAUGCAGACUGGAAAUACAAGUUUUUCAGUCACAGUGAUUUGCUUCUGGCUUUGUAUUGCAGUAGCCCGAGCAAAAGCAAUGGACAACAUGGAGGGGAAUACAGCCACUUCUGAGAAACCCAUCCGUAGGUCCAUAUCUCUGUGUACUGGUGAACAGGAGUAUGUUCACAAGAGGAAACAAGUAGUUCUGGAGUCACUUAUUAGCCUGGGAAUCAACUGUACUGCAGAUUCGGUUCCCCACAUCACUCUGUUGGCAUCUGGUGGGGGUCAGAGGGCAGCUGUGGGUCUGGUGGGUUCCCUCUAUCAGAUGGAAAAGGAAGGUCUGCUGGACAGUUUGCUCUACCUGGGAGGAGUUUCUGGGUCAACAUGGUCCAUGUCCUCCAUCUACAGUGACCCACAGUGGAGCAGCAGCAUGGACACAGCCGUGUCCAGGCUGUCAGGUCCUGGGGUUGAGCUGGAGGCAGCUAUGGCCUGGUUGGGUGAGAGGGCAAAUGAAGAGCACUUCUGUCUCACUGAUAUCUGGGGGGUCUUGACCUCUGCUGGGAUCAUGAAACAGAUGGACCUACGGCAUCUUUCAGAUGAGGCCAGCAGAAAUGUCACCAACCCUUACCCCAUCUACGGUGCCAUAGAGAAGCACUGCUUCUCAUCUGGUCCUAUAGAAGGAAAAUGGUUCGAGGUGAGCCCUCACGAGGCUGGUUUCACAGAGUUGGGUUUCUUCAUCGAAACGUCUCUCCUGGGCAGCAAAUUCGAGAGUGGAGAGCUUUUGGAGCAAAUGCCGGAGAUGGAUAUGGUCAAACUACAAGGUGUUCUAGGUAGUGCGUUGGCUGAUGAGGAGACAAUCAGAGAGUUCAUCCCUCCCUGGCUGAAUGUGUCUGGACAGAUGGACGGUGCUGCUGAAGAGUACCUGCGUGUAUACAAUGCCCUUGAUAAACUAGUUGCCCUUACCAGAAGCACCAUUAAGGAUCCUACUGCUCUGUCUGACCUCGACAAGCUGCAGAAAAUACUAGAAGACAAGGUCAAACAUAAUAAGUCCGCGUGGCUGGAGCCAAAAAGUUCGGAGGAAAGAAAAAGUCUUUCUCAGCAGUGGAUUAUGGAGCUGCUGGCGGCAGUAGAGACCUGGAGCGAGAGUCUGGAGGAUGGAGCUUUCAAAACACAUGUCUCUCUACUUACGAAGAAGGUCCUUCCCAAAAUUAUGACAUGGGAGUGGGGAACAACCAGAAAUUUCCUCUACCAAUACCAAGAUUCAAUGGUUCCAACUUGCCUUCGCUCUCAAGAAAGAUUCCAGCUGGUAGACGCUGGGCUGCUGAUAAACGUAGCUUACCCUUCAUUUCUGGGAGAAAAGAGGGACAUUGACCUCAUCAUUGCACCAGAGUACAGCGCUGGAAACAUGUUUGAGACACUGACUCUUGCCAGAGAUUAUGCAGCUGAGGUGAAGAAGCCUUUCCCAGACAUAGACGACAAAAUCCUUGAGGAGAGAGACUGGCCAAAGGACUGCUACGUGUUUGAGGGAAAAGAGAACGAGCCCUCGAUCAUUUACAUGCCACUCUAUAACAGAAGAAACUGCAAAGAUGCAGAGGAGGUCAAAGCGAAGAUGGAGGAGUUCUCCACCUUCCAGCGUCCCUUCAGCCAGGAGAAGAUUGAGUUUGUGUUGGAGACGGCUAAAGCCAACAUAAAGAACAACAAGGAAACUCUGCUGGCGGAGAUUCACAAGGCUGUUCUCCACCGUCGCAACAAGAGGAAGUCUGUGCUGCGCUAGAUCUCUGAUUUCAUCAUGAUAACUCUGUGCCUGAGGAGGCAGAGAGAACACAGCAUAACACAACCAAUACGUAAUCAUGUAAUGUAACAGCAUAUAAUCAUAUAUUUUUAAUGUACUGUUUGUAAGUUAUGUUUCCAAAAGUAUAUGGAUACUACUUUUAUCAUAGCUCUUCGUUUCAAAGAGGAGAUAUCUUGCUGUAGCAAUAAUUGACAACAAUUUGAAGACCAUGUGCUGUUUCAACAUGAUGAUGACCCCCUGCACAAAACCAGGGGCCUGUACCACAAAGCAGGAUUUGACGGUAGCGAGGUAACUUCAGGGUUAACUCCGGGUUUUCAGUUCCACGACGGAGGUUCACUGAUUACCAGGGUAGAUCACCAUGGUUACAUACACUGAACACCUAACUUGCUCCGGAGUAGGAAAGUUGGAGAUAAGGGAUCAACUGGUAAACAAAUACCGCCUACUGACCAACCAAAACUCGCUACGUAGAUAUCAGAAUUAAUGUUACACAAAUACAAAGAAGUUUAAGUCAUAAUCCAGACUAAAAGCAACACAGUUUAAACAGACGCAUGCAAAAAAAGACGGCUGUCAAUAAAUCGCUGACUGUGUGAAUGUGUAAAUUAACAGAUUUGUAAUAUCACUGUCUCAUCUAGAGCCCGAUAGAUCUGACUAUAAUUCGAAAUUUCGAAAUUUAUUAGAGUUGUCAUAUACAUAUACACAAAAUUUUACUUCUGCAUUUAACCCAUCCCUAGCUUAUUGGGAGCAGUGGGCUGCU